GAGAGAGAGAGAGAGAGGAGGCCGGGCAGUCAUCGAGGCAGUUUGAGGAGGAGGAGGAGAGACGCGCUGUUGUCCGCGUUGCUCACACACACAAAAAAAAUAAUAAUAAGAUACACAAACCCUCCGGUCUUUUACUCUGAAACGGAUUUUAUUCACUUUGCAGACAUGUGUACUCCCUGUUGUAUCUCGCAGCUGGCCUGCUGCUGUGGAUCGGCGGCCUGCUCUUGCUGCUGUAACUGCUGCCCGAAGAUCAAACAGUCCACGGGGACCCGGUUCAUGUACGCCUUCUACUUCCUGUUGGUCACCGUCAUCUGUGUCAUCAUGAUGUCCCCCACUGUGGAGCAGGCGCUGAGAGAUAAUGUCCCCUACUACAGCGAAUUGUGCGAGAGGAUGAAUGCAGGCGAAAACUGCAAAACUCUGGUCGGUUACGCUGCCGUCUACAAGGUUUGCUUCGGAAUGGCCUGCUUCUUCCUGUUCUUCAUUUUCUUCACCCUACGAAUCCACAACAGCACUGGCUGCAGGGCGGCCAUACACAACGGAUUCUGGUUGCUGAAGUUUAUCGUGCUGGCCGCCUGCUGCGCUGGGGGCUUCUUCAUUCCCAACGAGGAAACCUUUCUGGAAGUCUGGCGCUACAUAGCGGCCAUUGGCGGCUUCUUUUUCGUGCUGAUCCAGCUCAUGCUGUUGGUGGAGUUCGCACACAGAUGGAACACAAAUUGGAGUUCAGGAGUGAAGUACAAUCGGCUGUGGUACGCUGCUCUGGCCUUCGUCACCCUGGUUCUGUUCAGCGUUGCAGUGGGAGCCGUGGUCUUCAUGGGUCUGUUCUACACGCACCCCGAGGCCUGUUUACUUAACAAGAUUUUCCUGGGUAUCAAUGGCAGCCUCUGCCUGAUUGUUUCCCUGUUGGCCAUCUCCCCGUGCAUACAGAAAUUGCAGCCCACAUCAGGCCUGUUGCAGCCAGGGGUCAUCAGUGUGUACGUCAUGUACCUCACCUUCUCAGCCUUCUCCAGCAAGCCAAAAGAAAUGGUGGCGAACAAAACCGUUUGCGUGUUUCCCAUCAACUCCGAGUCCGAAAACGAUAAGCAGAUCGUCACCAUCAUAGGAACCAUCAUCCUGUUCGCCUGUAUCCUCUACUCUUGCUUGACGUCCACCACUAGACGAAGCUCUGCAGCGCUCAGAGUGUGUAGGAACAGUGAGCCAGAGACCGAGAGAGCUCGCUGCUGUUUCUGCUUUGGAGAUGACAAAGAUGACUAUGAUGAAGACAACUCGGGCUCCGGCCAGAACGUGCUGUAUGACGAGAGGGAGGGAACCAUCUAUAACUACUCCUACUUCCACUUUGUCUUCUUCCUGGGCUCCCUGUACGUCAUGAUGACCGUCACCAACUGGUUUCAUUUCGACGACCAUAAGAUUGAGAAGCUGAUGGAGGGCAGCUGGUCAGUGUUCUGGAUCAAGAUGGUGUCAUGCUGGGUCUGCCUCAUCCUCUACAUGUGGACCCUCGUCGCUCCCAUGGUGUGCCCGAAGCGCUUUAUAGCCUAGGUCACUCAUCACUCCACCCCCCCACAGGGUCAGGCUGAUCUGUCUGUCUCCUGGGAUGUGGCCAGGUAGAAGUUCCCAUGCGGGGCCAAGGGACCACCAAACACCCCCCUCCCCCACCACCCUUACCUUGAUACACAACCCUACACUACCCUCAGCGUUCGUAAAGGAGGAUUCUCUGUUGCCUUUUGUUUUAUAUGCUAGUGUUUAUUUCUUUGUUUUUAAAAUGUUAAGCUGUUAAUACCUUGAUGUUUUUUUUUUUUUUAAUUCUUUUACUACCACUGACUCUUGGAGUUUUGUACUACUUACAGGUCUGAAUUUAGAUGACGACUCAUGGGAGUUGAGUUACAUUUGCAAACAUUCAGCCACUGUAGAUAACCUGAAAAUUUCAGACUUGUGUUUUGUAAGUGUUUUCUGUUUCGUGUUUUCCUCUGAUCCUCGCUUUUGCUGUCAACCAGCCAGCCAUUUCUGUUCUGUACAGUCAAACCAUAAUGUUGUAGCAAGGUUUUGGGACAAAUAUAUUUCAGGCUCAAGAAGAAAUUGUAUUUAUUAAAGUGUGAAUUAAGGAAUCAAAGAAGUAAUGUGUUGUGAAUUGAAUUAGCUUUGUCCCUGUUGAAGAAUGCAUCUCUCAGGCUCACGUUUAAGCUGUAUAUGUUGAUGCUUUGUUAUAUUGCGCCCUUUUGUAGAAGUUUUCUAUGCAACAGAACAGUUUUCAAUAUUAGUACAGCCAGUGUUGUGGAGUUUCCAUUUAGAUCGCGAGGAUACAGUCGGAGGUUUUAUUAAUGUUUGCGCUCCCUUUGAGCCAAAUCUUUUUCUUAGGAAAACCCACGUCAUUCAUACAUCUCCAGCCAUUGUUGUACAGGGCAGCACUCUUCAAAUCAACCUGCCUUAUGUAAGAGUGACCUUGGUGAAGUGCCACCUCUAUGGAAGAGCUGCAGUGACGCAGAUAUGGAACAUUUGCCAAAGGUAGAUGUCAGAAAACCAGAAACUACUCAGAUUGUUUCGUCUGUUACAGAAAAAGAUAUAUGUGAGAACAGUAUAUAUACAUGCAUGCACACACAGACUCGUAAACCAGCUGUUUUCUGGAGAGUUUUAAAUACUUUUUGCCUUUUUUUUAGUUACAUGCCAGUGCUUCAUGGUGGUAAUAAGUGAGUUACUCAACACUGGAUGUUGAGUUCUCUGGAUAAUUAAAAUUCACAUAUAUUCAAGCCAUCGUCAGUCUGUUACUGUAACAUCAUGUUGUAUAAUAUAUAUAUAUAUAUAUAUGUUGCACAUGCAAUUCAUUCAUUUCGAUCCUCGUUCAACCCAUUUUCUGUUUCUGUCUAGUUGCAUUCCUGAAUGUGUUGUAUAUUAACACAUAAAUUUACAUUUUGGCUGAAGAAAUUUUAAGUUGAGUUUUGCUUUAUUAAACCUGCAAAUCCUGUUUCGUGACUUAGCUUUUUUGGAAACUUUUCUGCAUUUUCAUUAUUGGUAUGAAUGUAGAAAAUCAAUGGUGCUCAGCAGCUUGGAUAUCAAACAUUUAAAAUGAAUGAAUAAAUACAUGAGAAUCAGAUAGCAGGACCCACUGUGAAGUCUGUAUACUACAAUAACCUGUAGAAGGACAUUUUGAUCAAGCUGUAUGUUUGAAAUUCAAAGAUGUAGAUGCCAUGCACUUCGUACUGCUCACAUUCUUUCAAUAAAGCAUUAAUUGAACGCCA